CCUUGUCUCGUGUGCUUUACCGAAUAUCAAAAUAUUAUCACACCAUGAAAGCACCAACCAUCCUAAAGAGCUUUCUCUUGCGCCAAUCUCUGGCUGCGGUAGCCCCUUUGCCGGAAAAAACCCGAUUCGACCGAGAACUCACGGCCGAACUUGACACCCUUGGUGGUGAAAUUGGGUUGGCUCAAUUGCUUGAUGCUGCCAUCAAAACUCAGAAAAUUGCAUUAGAUUCAUUAGUGAACGUUACGUAUAGAGAUGAUUAUGAUCGUGGAGAUGUUGAUAAGUACUUAGAAGACAACGUUGAGAUUCUUGAUGUAUGCAAUUAUUUUGUAGAAAAAAUUGAGAAUAUCAAUAACUAUGUAGACACAUUAAAAAUUGUUGUACAUUUAGUUGAUAAUAGUUCUAGUCCAAAGCCUAAUAAAGUUGCAACUAAACAUGCAUUGGAUCAUUUGAAUUCAUCAUCAUGUCAAAGUGUAGCAAAGAAAUCAAGCAAAGGAUUGAAAAAUUUGUUAAGGCAGAGACUAUGUCAUCAUGGAACAGAUAUAAGUGAGAUUAUGUGCGGUUCUAAGGCUAUGGCAUUGAUGUGCUUAAGGUUUCUUGAACUUGGUUUGUCAUUUGAUUCAACAAGUGGAAAAUUGCAAGUGAUGAAACUUUCUCAGCCUACAAGUUCUUCAUGGUUGAGAUUAUUAAAUGAAUUGGCAAAGAAAAGAGAAGCAAGUGUUGAUGAGAAGAAAGUGCAGGAAAAUAGGUCAUCUUUGUUGCAGCAGACAGUGUAUGCAGCUAGAGAAUUGAAGGAACAAAUGAAGAAGGAAAAGGAGAUGAAAUGUUGUGUUGAGAGAUUGAAGAGAAGGUGCAAGGAAUUGGAGGGUAUGGUUGAGGAUAUUGAGGAAAGAGUAAAAGAAUUGUAUAAAUGUUUGAUUGAUGUUAGGAUGACUCUUCUGGGAAUCCUUUCACAGCACUAAAUUCUGUAGAUCUGAUAUUCAUUAGAAUAGUUAGCUU